UUUCAAUCCAACAAAUUGUCCCUAUUGGAGACUUUUUGAUCAAAUAUGAAUUUUGAAUAAUUCUGACAGCUGUUUUAGGCAGGAGGGACUGUUUCUAUUUUAUUUUAUGUAAUUAUUACUAUUACGAUUCAAUGUUCAUCGUUAACGCUCUGAAUCUAUCUUGAACGCUCCCCUAAGCCACUGCCUGCUGGGAAACAUCUACUCAACAACUCACUGAUCCACGGCUGGCUAUCUGCUUCUGGAUUUGUAAAUGUCGACACUAUUUGGCAACAGGUGUGGCCUAAAGUAGCAAUAGGUUGCUUACUACCCCUCCCCAUGCUAUCGCUCGGGUUUUAGAAUGGGAAUGUGCUUCUCCUGCUUCGGCGGGUCGGCGGACGACGCCAUCCAGACUCCAGACCCAGAGACACGGAGACGGCAGCUGGCCGAGGCGGCAGAGAAGAGGCAGAAGGAGACAACAUACAGGGGGGUCAAAAACCCCGAGGCGGUGGAUAGGAAGAGGAAAAAACAAGAAGAAACAGAGAAGCAGGCCAUGAGCACCUCGGUGUCUGGUGGAGGAGGAGGAGGAGGGCUGAAGUGGCAGGUUGGCUGAGGAUCCUCUGGCCUUUGAGUUCAAACUACAGGACAGGAAGUAUUGCUGCAAGAUGACAUGGCAGUUGUCUCUGCCGCUGUCCAACGAGUCCUUUAUUUUGAGUAUAUAUUGUUUUGCUCACCAAGCGUCUAGUAAAGUGAGGUUUAAAGAACAAUCUGAAGUGAAGUCACAGCAGGACCUGACGCCGUGUGACCACAUACGCCAUGUUGGACUGUUGAAGGAGCUUUAACACAGGGAGGAGAAUAGGAAGGAGUUUGAAUGCAAGUUAAACUGAUAUCCUCACAGAAGUGUUGGUCAAGAAAUGCAAAGAAUUGUAUGCUUUUCUCUGAAGAGCUCUCUAUGAAAUACUGGUUUGAGCUUGGCUGCUUGGCAGGUUGUCACAUUUUGCUCUGGUUAACCUGUAAUGGGUGUUUGCCAUUUAUGACAUUUCUGAUUAUGGGUUCAUUUACAAAGAGUCAGUGCAUUCAUGGAUGAUGAAGGACAUUAGUAGUUAGCCCUAACAGAAUUUCUCUUUAGACAAAGAUGUUGCCUUUGAAUGCAAAUAUUUUUAUAUAAUAUAGAUACAAAUAAUAAAACUGUUAAUAAAACAUAUUUAAUUUUGGAAAUCAGAUAGAAUUCCUAAUUAAAGUUUGCCAUAUUUCAUUGAUUCACAUUUUAUAUCAGAUUAUUUUGGUGUACACUUUGUAAUUUAGAGUCCUCAUUGAAUUCACCUCCAUUAGUGUUUCUAUUGCUCGCUAUGCAUGAUUUAGAAGGUUGGAUUUGUCAUUGAAUUGUUUUAUUUAUGAGAAAUGUUUGUAUACAGUCUUUGUAUACUUGAUUUCAUAAGGAAAACGAUACGCUUUUGUCUGUGAAGUGCCACGUAGCGUGCGGAUGGCCUGUGACGGAGGCAUGUGUUGAAUGGCACGUUGUUGCUGCUGUACUCGUCAUCAGUCGAAGAAAGUAUAGGAAUGGAGAUCAGGCAGUGAGCCUGAGUAUGUAUUUAAUCUGACUUGCCAUGCUUAACUCAGUGCUAUUUAUCAUUUUUUAAAUUAUCACCUGAUCCUUAAAUGCUUUUGGUGCUCUUGCCAUUUGGAGGUACAGGAAAUGUAGGCUGUGUUUUUUGCCGCUGCAUUAAAUUAUGUUUUACCCAAUGCAUCGUGUAACGUGUAUUAUUUCUUGCUGAUAAAACAAAACGGCA